GGUCAUGUAAAAGUUGUCAGAGUUCAGUACGUAGUUGAUGUUACUAAUGAUUCAAUAUUUGAAGGACAGACGACAGAAGAACUGGGGUGUGGUCGAGCUUUUAGUCAUGCUUCUGCUAUGUUAGGUGUCAUAGCCAAACAAAGAGAACUAAAAGCUUUAAAAGAAGACGAGGGGGAAGAGGACGAUGUGAGGUUUUUUAAAUAUGAAAUUAAACCAUCAAAACAAUCAAUCCAUAGGAAAACUCCUAGGACAGAAAUUCACAAGAAAACGAGUCAAGAGAAAGUCAAACUUCCAGAAAUCAGCGUUCAGGAAAUUAAAGAGGAUUCUCAAGAACUUUCUGACGCAUAA